GCUACAUGACUUUGCCCCUAUUUCUUCCUGACUUGAGCCUGGUGCUGCACAUGAUUGAUUCAGCCGCGCAAUUGGCGACCUCAUGGUCGGGUCAAUUCUGCUUUGUCGUCUGAGUGGUUCUCGUUUUUGGGUCGACCUGUUUACUCGCUUUACUGCUUCGUUAUUGCUUCAAGCUUAUCUAUUCCUACCCUGGUGUUGGCAAAAUGCGGAAGCUACCGCGUUGCAUCUCCAGCCUUUGCCCGUCGGCAGGUUUGAAACUGCCUGCAAGGAUGAUCGCCGUCGUUUGACGGCUUCUUCUUUGCGUCGCGAGCUGCUAGGAACAAGAAGCCCAGGUACUACAGGCGAGGACCAGUUUUCAGGUGAGGCUGCAUCCUUGUGGUCGUUCAUCGUCAGACUGGACCGCAAUUUCGCAUCCGCAACCCGGGCCUACCGACCAUUAGGACGCCCUGUGUUUAACAAGGAGUCCCUCACGUUUACACCUGGCGUUCUUCCUCCCUGUAGUCACCAUCGGGCGUUAAGCGAUUCUGCAAAACUCGGAUUCGGCUCAACGGGGGAGCUGCAGGUGGAUGGAGAGGACGAGAGCCAGAGUUCCGGCGCGAAUGUCGCGCCGGGAGAUCGUGGAGGACUUCUGCGCCGGUAUUUAUGGAUUCAUGAAGAUGAGCAUGUUGCCGAAGAAGACGGCGCUUCGGCUACGGAGGAAAGCAAGAAUCAGCCACAUAAAGAACAUGCUGCGCUGCAGAUCGCUGACGGUGCGGAAGUUUUUAUUCGCUCCAUCACCCAGGCUGAGUUUUUACAAGAGGCAGACCAAAAAGCGGUACAGGAUGUUGACGGGGCCGCUGAGGAACGUGACGAAAAGAACAGAUGGUCCAUUCGCACAGUGCGAUUUGACUGCGUUGUGGUGCAAGUCAAAGCCCGCCCCGGUGGUGAAACACAAGAGGACCGCCCAAGGUCCAUCCCGAUCAUUCUGCAGCUGGCCUCUGCGCUGGCAGACCGCGUCAUAGUUGUUUUGAACCAAGCUGCAGAUAAGACUCGGCCCACAACUGUUGCAGAUGAAGCUUCUGAACCAGCUGCAACAGAUCCACGACCCUCUGCAACAACUCAUCUCAACAUCAAGCGCCGCAACACAGCUUGGAUACGAAAUGAAGUGCUGAAGCUGAAUCCGUCGAACGCCACAGCGUGCACACUGGAUGAACAACAGAAUGAGGGACAGCUUUCUGGUGUUACGUUCUUUGCCAUGUCUCACGUGUCGGCGCUAUCGCAGUGGGAGCGCACCACGGGCUGUCGCGCAGCGCCCUUCCGCCUGCCGAAGCUAGGUACCGCCCACGCCGUUGUGCCAGACGGGUGCGAGGCUAUCGCUUCAAAAGCUGUUGCUGCCACACAACAAGAUCAUCUUGGAGAUGAUGAAACCGCUCCACCUCUCGUGACUGCGGAAGUACUGAAUGCGCAGCAAACGCCCUACACUUUCAUCCCAGACCGUUACGUGUUCGCUGAUUUGCGCGACUGGAUUCUGUUGCAGCGGCUCAAGAACGCGGAGUAUCGCUACGGACAGUGCGUGGACUUGCACGUUGGUGACACUGUGGGGACGAAGGUAACGGAUGAUGACCAGAACAUGUUCGGAGGGGACCGGAUGGCGGGCCACGGGCUGAUAUGCACGUCGCAUCAUUUUGCGCCGCACUACGUCCGGCAUUUGAAACAUUUGUUCUUUUCGAAGAAAAUUGAACAAGAAGAUGAAAGUGUGGCUGCAUCUUCACAGAAUUCUCCGUCCUCCUGGUUUACGGUUUUGGAGAUAGGAAUCCUUCAGGGAACUGGGCUCGCGAUGUGGCACGAUUUCUUCCAAGGAAAAGCCAGCUUACUCGGCUUCGACAUUAACUUGCACCCGUUUUUAAGGAACCUGGAAACGCUGUGGCUGCGCGACGGCGCCUUCUCGAUGCGAUCGGCGCGAUCGGACGACAGAGGCCUCGUCGGGGGUCGUGCUACCCCGUGGAUUCUUACAGGGACCUCGAUCGAACCCGGUGGUAGAGACAUUUUUAAUCUCACUCUCGUUCCCCGGAGGUCGCGGGACAGCGUGCUUCUGCGCCAGUGCGACAAAGCCGAGGGCAGCACUUUGGGUCUCUACGAGAACAUCGACAAGGUCUUCCGACCAAGGGUACUGCAACAGAAGAUGAGACAACGUGUUAAAAACACCAGCAGCUCAGCUGGCGCUCCUAAUGGAGAAACCGAAACGGAAAGCGUAAGCGACUUGUACUUGAGUGCGAGUAUCGAGUCGGUGGAUGGCAAGGAACUGUUCGCGCCGCCCGGCUGGCCCAUCCCGGAGGUUCUAGACGUGCACUUGCACCAGCGUGACCACGUUGCCCAAAACGUGGAAUUUGUGGAUAGUACCUGGAGGAAGCCGCCACGUAGCAGACUGUACCCAGCACCCGAUCUACUACUUCCGGAAGAUAGUUCUAGUAGCCACGUUGGUGAUGAGAAUGAACCUGCGCCCGUUGCAGUGCACUUUCUGCACCAAGAGCUUGCGUCCUCGACAAUCUUGGAUUUGAUCUUGAGCCCGCGUCCCGAAUACGACUUCAAGAUUCCCAUAGAGGUGGAAGACAGACUCCGGCACGGUGUCGCCCACUAUCAGAAUGCUCUAGCAAAAGAAAAGAAGGAGACCACCGAUGAGAAGCCGACAUCCUUGGACAGAGAGAAGCUUUCGAACCUUAUUCUUCCGCUGCGCGCCGCCCUCGCGGACCAGGUACAUGAAGAUCUGCGCAGGAAUAUUGUCCCGGAUCAACAUCCACAAGCGCAAGAAGCCUCGGAAGUCUUGGUACAGUCCGCAAAAACGCGCACCGAUCGCAACAUCAAGGUUGUGAUCGAUGAUGCAUCGCACCUUGAUUACCUGGUCUGGCGGAGUUUCGUGAUGGUGGAAUAUUACCUACGAGGCGACGACUGGGUGUACGUGGUGGAAGACUGCUUAUGCACGAAUUUUCUCACGUCAUUACGAAAGCAGUAUCCUCACCUCUGGAUCUAUCCCACGAAAAAAGUGUUACAGUUACACAUUUGUUGUCAACCCAGCAACACAAAUUUCUCUGCCUGAGAGAGAAAACUUGCAUUGCAGAAAUCCUACGGGAAAACACGUAUGAAAUAAGGUUUGAAAGCAUUUCGUGCAUGACAGAGGUUGCCUCUCAUGCGUGUUCUGCAACACAAUGUGUAACUGUAACACUUUUUUCUUGCGAUAGGAUCUACCAGUACACAGAUGGCGCUCGAUCCGCGAUUCUUUUCAUUCGCCCCUCACAGGCGGAGUGAAGAACCAACUGCGAAGAUGUUGGUGGAAAUUCUUCUUCCAUGAUCUGCUAGCUACACUACACGCGAAAAAUCACCACGAAAAGCUCCCUCACUGCGAUUGAAACGUA